AUGGACAAUGAAAAACCAAAAAAGCCUUCAUACGCCUUCAACAGCCUCUUCAAAGCAUGCACAUCUUUUAAGAAAAGGCUAUACAAAAAAAUCGGAAAUGGUAGAAACAUUAACCUACAGCAAGACAGAUGGAGUGCCUCGCUUGACCUUCAACCACUGGUCAGACAUAAUCAACAUCUUGAAGAUCACCCGACCGUUGUAGCUGAUCUUAUAGACGAGAGAAAAAACUGGAGAGUAAAUAAAAUAUGGACAUAUUUUUCUCCAGAAAAAGCCAGAAGUAUCCUAGCCUUACACAUUCCUAAGGACGAUACUGAAGACAGCAUGGAUUGGAGCCACACAAAAUCGGGUAACUACUCAGUUAAAUCAGGAUACUGGUUCCUCAAAUCAGUCCAAAACAAUCCUGAUUCAAAUCCUACGUUCUGGAGAAUGCUCUGGAAAUCUAAUAUUUUCCCAAAGUGGAAACACUUUAUUUGGAAAAUUAUGGUCAAAGCCCUUCCAACAACAGAUAAUCUAAUCAAGAGGAAAAUCCCCAACAUUUCCCCUACGUGCAAACUUUGCAACUCGAGAAAUGAGAACACAACACACAUUCUGAGAGAUUGCCAAAUCUCUCAGAGAGUUUGGUUCAUCACAAUGGGCAUUUCGACGUCGAACUCCACCCAAAUUCCUAUCCAAGACUGGAUCAAAAAUUUCCUAAAUUUUUUUAGGAAAAAGAAGGAAGAUGGAGAGAGAAUGAUCAUCAGCUUCAUAUCAACUUUGUGGAGCAUCUGGCUUCAUAGGAACGAGAUUAUAUUCAAGGGAACCACUUCAAACCCAGAAAGAAUAGUCGAGCUAGAGAAGGAAAAUAGUAGAAGAGCAAACAACAGCGAACAGAGGAGGAACAACGAAAAUCAACUUUCAAAAAAGAGCUUUUCGAGGGAAAACGAUGAAGAUUCAGCUGUCUCGUGGUCCAAGGGAAGUCAAACAACAAACCCGAACCAGGUAAUAGUGGUAGAUGGUGCUUGGAAAAAGAAGAAGAAUAAAAGUCAAUGGCAAGCAGCAAUAGCAUGGAAGAAUAUCUCCCAAGUAUCAGGGGAAGCUUACGCCAACAGGAUCUUUGCCACCUCCCCUCUACAAACAGAAGCCUACGCGAUCCUACAAGCAACAAAAUAUAUGGAAUGGAAAUGCUCUGACAUUAUAAUAAAAACAGACAACUUGGAGGUGGUCAAAGCUCUCCAACAAAACGAAAAGGCUGAUAAAAGUAUCUCUUCUAUAAUCCUAGAAAUAAAGCAGAGAGCAAAUAGUUUCCAAUAUUUCUCUUGUAUAAAAGUUAAACGUGAGGAAGUUUUCUUAGCUCAUAAUCUGGCCAAGAUGGCAAGAUUAGGGAUACCUUCCUCUACGAUAAUUUAA